UCGGGAAAAGCCGGUGCCAGGCUCACUUGUCCCUUGGCAGUUGACAGUUGACACUGCAGUCUACUCGUCUUACCGUGAGGUCACAAGUCCGUUGCGAACGAACGCGAAUUGUUCAUUCUCAAGCAUGGCGAGUGGCACGACAUCCAUGCAAACAUCAGCCGAGCACGCCCACACGGGAACCGCACUCUUGCCUCUUACAACCCCCUUCUUCCAGUCACCGGAGUGUUCCUCCAUCUGGGACCUAACGAGCAUCACACCUGUCACGGACGGCUCAUCGCGAGCUCUUACUGUUCUCGUAUCAGACGCAGCCAACACGGGAUUCCCCUGGUGUCAACCAUCAGGAUGGGCGACGAACGCCCCAGCUCGUCGUUUCAGCUUCAGCCCGGCGGUGUGCCCGAGCGGCUGGACAUACUGGGAUAUGCAGGAGACAAUCUCAUUCGAUAACACGGCGCACUUUGCCAGCCUGUACUCGACGGCUCUUUGCUGCGACAGCGGUUACUCACCAGGUCCUCGCAAAUAUGCCUUACCCACCAUAUCUGUUCCCUGUAUCCGAACCUUCGACCCAGGGGACAGCAUGACAAUCACAGUCCGCGAGUCUCACCGGGACGGCCCCGCCAGAACCAUUACCGAGGGGCUGCUUAUGCAUGACGCUUGGCAUAUCUCCUGGCGCUCCGUCGACACCAGCACGCUCUCGCCUUUGCUGCCGACCCUGACGUCGAACAAGUUCCUGACGUCGUGGGUGCCGGGCCAGACGGUGGCACCGGGGGAGGGUGAUAGGGCGGCCAAGGCAUCAGCGGACGACGAAGCCAUCAGCGGGGCCAAGUGGUUUGCUUUCAUCGGAGUGCCGAUUCUGGUUGCGGCUAUUAUUGCUGGCGUUGUUUGGUGUCGCAUCGCAGGGCGAAGGAUCAAGCGUCAGGGUGUCACGGAGCAGGAGGUCAAUGGGAGUGGGUCGUGGAUGUGAGGUUCUUCUGCAGACUGUACUUGUACUUACUUAUAAGUUUAUGAGUCAACGUGUUUUUUUCAAGCAGUCAUCCA